UCACGUAAGUGUAGAGUGUAACUCAGUCAUUGUCACUACUGUAUUCAUAAGAAGGGAAGAUGGACCGGCAUCAAGUUGGCGUGGAAAGAGAAAGUGAGGCCUCUAUUGCUGGUGACAGCAAGUUGUGAUGGAAAGAGGGCUGGAUAGGGAGUCUUGGAUUCAAAUCCUGGCUCAACCAUUAACAAACUGUGUCAUGAAGACCUUGGGUAUCAUGGACCUCAGCUAUGAGGCUGAGAGUCCCCUGGCUCCUCCUGUUGAACUUCUAGAACAACUGGCACACUACAGUUGGCCUUUUCAAGGCCAAACACAAAGCUCCCUACCUUCAACAUCCUUGAGGAAACUCAGCGAUCAGAGGAACCGGCCGAUAUUUCUGCAACACAGCAUUCCCGUCAUGACAGAGGAGAUGGCCCGGAAUGCCCUCCUGAGCUUUGUGAAUUCCAGGUGUUGCUAUGGCAACCGAGCAGCCGGGGAGCUGGUCAUUCAGGAUCUGAGGCAACAGAUGCUAUACAGAUAUCGACUGGAGACCUUUAGUGAAUCCAGGUUAAGUGAAUGGACAUUUCAACCUUAUACUAAUCACUCAGUAGAUGGCCCGAAAAAAGGAGCAUCUCCCAGGCCUUGGGACAUCAAAGUGCACGUCCCUCCCAUGUUUCAGGAGGAGACCAAGAAAUUUCAAGUACCUCACUCUUCCUUAGUUAAGGAUUGCCACAAAUGCCAGGGACGAGGACGGUACAAGUGCAGCGGAUGCCAUGGAGCUGGCACGAUGCGAUGUGCCUCCUGCAGUGGGGCCAAACGCAAGGCUAAGCAGUCCCGAAGAUGUCAGGUGUGCUCUGGUUCUGGGCGGAAGAGGUGUAGCACCUGUUCAGGUAGGGGGAACAAGACCUGUGCAACAUGUAAGGGAGAGAAAAAGUUACUGCACUUCAUUCAGCUGGUCAUCACCUGGAAAAACAGCCUGUUUGAGUUUGUCACUGAGCACCACAUGAACUUUCCAGAGGAGCUGUUGGCUAAAGUCAGAGGAGAAAAUAUAUUUAAGGAUGAAAAUGCUAUGGUGUAUCCUAUUGUUGACUUCCCCAAGCAAGAGAUCUCUUUAGCAUCCCAGAGAGGCAUUGCUGAGCACACUACUGCUUUGGCUGGGAGGUCUCGAGUUCUCCAGCAGUUUCCUGGAAGAUGGCACGUGCUGCCUCAUUCAAUGUCUCACCUUGAAAAAGAAGAAACAAUUUCUUUUGCUGAACUACAGGAGGGUCUAAUGCAGCAAUUUCACAAUAAGGAGGUCCCAGAAAUAAUCAAAGGGCUCUUGAAAAUAUACAACCUAAGACUAUCUCCUCUCCCUACUUCCAGCAGUCUUAUUGGGUAGUUGAACUGCUAAUUAACAUCAGGCUAGCCAGUGAUAAUCUUAAUUGGUUGUCAUCCUGUCUCUCGUUGGUCUGAUAGUGAUUGAGAGGUCAACUAGUCAAUGACAAAGGAGGUGUGAGAAUGCUGAGGGUUUUCCUAAUUCUUUAUUACUAGUAUUGUUCACAUUUCUAGUAUUAUUCAACAUAAGAAGAUGGUCCUAGGCAACAUUCUGAGGGUGUAAAAUGUAUGCUUUUUUCUCUGGAAAUGGAACAGCCGUUGGUAAUGAAUUCUCAGCUUGCUACACUGUUUCUUCCUCAACUCUUUGCAAAUACCCACAGGCUUAGGGAUGGAAGGGAAAUGCUUUAAGCUGGGUCCCCCAGUGACCAAGUAUAGUUUGGAGCCUUACCUGUGAUGUAGUCAUUAAUUCAUUCACUCUUAUAAGAAGGUCUCAAGGACACUAGUCACCCUCGGUUAUUUAUUGGGCACCCAUAGGAUGAAAGUCAAGGCAUUAUGGGAUCUGCAGUGUGCCUUAGAUUCGAUUUUACAAUUUCUACCCCUAGGGAACACAAUCUCGUGGGAAGAAGAAUGAGACAUUUUAACAAAUGUCAUUACUCAAGACAGACAUUGAGACUUAAGUAGGGAGAAAAGCCUAAGGUGGUAGGGAAAGGUGGUUCUGGAUUAAUCUUUGAAAACUUCUUGAAGAAGGGGGAUUUUUUAACAAGGAGCAAUUGCAAGGAUACUUCUGUAGAUCUUCAUACCCCUGCAUCACUAAAGUUUAAAGACAACACUAUAUUUCCCACUUCCCUGGAUUCUAUAUUUUAAUUAAGGUUUAGACAGUUCUAUUGACUCUGAUAUCCCCUAUUUAGCUAUACCUUGUGAACUGUUCCUUGACAGGGGACUGAAUGUUCAGUCCACAGGUCAAUUCCAGUGUUCCCAUUUCCAGAGUAAAGUUUCUAAGGAAAUCUGGAACAUGUAAGAUAGAAAUGUUACAUGGAAUCACUAGGAGAAGUAAAUAUAAUCUAUAAUCUACAUAAUCCAGCCUUAUCAAUGGAUAUACCCCAUUUACCAAGCUACAGUUAAUCUUUUUUGAAGGGGAGCUGAUCCAUAUCCAGUUCUAAUAACAUCCAAAUUCUGCUAUUCCAAGAAGCCACAUUCCUCUAGGCUUUAGGGUUUACAAAGUGCUCCCCUCACAAAAACCUAUGAGAUAGGGAGUGGAAGUAGUAAUAUCCCCAUUUUAUGGAAGGGAAAACAGGCUCAGAGAGGUAAGAUGACUCCACCCUCUGCCCUGGAAGAUAUCAGAGCUGAGAUCUGAAGCUAGGCUUCCUAAUUCCAAAUUAAGCAUGACUUUUUCCUACAUCAUUCUAGAAGGUUUCGGGUUUCCUCAUGUUGAAGGGAUAUCUUCAACCAAACAGUGUUUUUGUGUUGGUGAAGGUAAUGAUUCUUUCUGCCUGAUGAUUCUUUUUUUUUCUCCUACAUAAUAGUGAUUUCAGUAUUUUCCGUGGUGUUGGACUUUCUUUGAGUCUUUAUAGGAGCAUUGAGUUCUGCCUUC